CCUUUGCCUAUCCUGCUCUCUACCCAAUCCUUUCCUGAAAAAGAAACUGUAUUUAACUGUAUUUCUAACGCAAAUAUUUCAUAGUCACCUGCACACUUUGUUCAUGUGUUUUUUUUGUUUGUUUUUUUUUUUAAUAGAAGAGGCUCCAACUGCCCAUAUAAGUCUUUCCAAAUCAAAACAAACAGUUGAGAUGCUGAAAGAGAAGAUCCAUGCUCUGGAGGAAAAAGUGGAGUCUUUGACUGAAGAGAGAAACUUUCUCAGAGACAGACUGGAAGAUGCUCUUAAACUGAAAGCUGAAGUUCCAGAACGGUCCCAGAAUCCUACAGCAUCCCAGGUGGAGUCAUCUGAAGAUACAACAUCUUCUGACUCCAGCUCUGAUUCAUCUGAGCCUUCACAAAAGAAGUAUAAAAAGAAACCAAAAAAGAAGAAAUCAAAGAAAGCACGGGCCUGUGAUUUCAAAAGAGUAAAAACACCUGAGGAGUCUGUUUGUCGGUACCAGAAAGUCCUACGGCUUGUAAAAAGUGGCUCAACAAAGGCGGAUGCCUAUAACAGUGUGGGGGUGGACCGCAACACCAUUGUGAACCAAGCACCAAUUGCAGAGCUGGCUGCUGUUAGCCCUGACAUGUUCAAGAUCCUGAGGGCUGGUUUCAAAAAAGGGGACAGUCUGCUAAAAUUUGCUGAAAAAUGUAUGCCCCAAUGCAUCUUAGAGCCAAAUGCAAGUCAGAUCAGAGCUAUGAAAGAAGCCAGUGGUCUGCUGGACAUUCUGAAAAAGUAAAUGUUCAUCACUAUAUUUUAGUGUUGUUACGUAAGAAUGCGUUCGGUCUUAGUGUUAGUAUAUUAGAAUUUAAAAUAGUCCAUGAAACAGGACAAUAACCUGUUAGAAAAAAGUUGUUCUAAGAAAAUUUUAAGCAGUGUUGUUGCUGUUAUUGCUGCUUUUGGUGUACUAAUAAGAAUUUAGAAUAAUCAUCUUUCCCCUUUGUAUCCAAGUUUCCCCAAGUUUUUCUCUUUAGUACAGCUCAGCUAAUGAGCUAGGUUUUUUUUUUGUUUUUAAGCUAAUGGAUGUCAUAGAAAGGGGAGUAUUUAAUUGUAUGUUUUGUAAAACAUUUUAAUGAUUUGGUUUAAUGUAUGUGUUAUGGAAACAUGUUUCUUAAGCACUUUACAUGUGUAAAGGGUUACAAGUGUACACUUUACAAGGGUUUAAU